GCGUUUCAUCCAUCUGCCAGAGUAUCAAAGCUUUUCUCGCUUCUGAAAGGUUAUAUAAGAGAGAGUACCCACAGACCAGGAAUGAGUAGUGCUCUCUCCUUCGGUUGGAAUCACAGCUUGUCGACAAACCACCACCGUCCAUGUCUCAGCUCAGGUUGGAGGGCAAGGUGGCCAUCAUCACCGGGGCAGCCUCCGGGAUCGGCGAGGCCGCCGCGAGGUUAUUUGCUGAGAACGGUGCACUUGUCAUCAUCGCCGACGUCCAAGAUGAACUGGGCCAUCAGGUCGUGGUCUCUAUCGGUCCAGAUCGAUCCUGCUACGUACAUUGCGACGUGAGGGACGAGAAGCAAGUGCAGGGAGCCGUUGAUCUUGCUCUAGAGAAGUAUGAACGGCUGGAUGUGAUGUUCAGCAAUGCGGGGAUCGGUGGCCCACUCAACGGUAUCAUGGAACUGGACAUGGGCGCUCUGGACAAUGCCAUGGCCAUCAAUGUACGUGGGGUGGUCGCCACGAUCAAGCAUGCGGCACGUGCCAUGGUGGAAAGGAAGACACGUGGCUCGAUCAUAUGCACCGCGAGCGUGUCCGCGGUGUUGGGAGGGUCUGCUCCGCACGCGUACACGAUAUCGAAGCAUGCGCUGGUGGGCGUCGUGAGAUCAACGGCUGCGGAGCUCGGGAAGUAUGGGAUUAAAGUCAAUUGCAUCUCACCGUUCGCGCUGGCCACGCCGAUGACGUGUACGGGUCGGGACCCGAUUAAGAUGGAGGAGCAUUACGGAUCCUUGUCUAACUUGAAGGGGGUCGUGUUGAAACCGAGGCAUGUGGCCCAGGCCGCUCUCUUCCUCGCUUCUGAUGAAUCACCGUUCGUUAGUGGCCAUAAUCUCGUUUUGGACGGUGGAUUUAGUGUCGUUAAUAACUGUUUCUCAUUCGAAUGAGAGGAGAGGCCAUACAUGCCAGUGUUAAAGAUCUCAGCCGUUCAUCAUGUGGUCCAUUGGGUCCCCCACGCGAAAGAAUCGCGCUGGUCCACUUAUCUGAUGGACUGACCGUUUUGGUUUUUAGCCACAGGAUUCUUAGACCGUGUGGCCCAUCUGAUGAGCGGCUGGGAUCUCAAGCAUCGGCGCGUGUGGUGGGAAGUGUACUACUGCAGCAUUUUCUUUCUAGUAGAGAUGGUUGGUAGAAGUUCUUGUGUGUGUGGUGUCCGUGCACAUCGUAAGCGAUGAGGUCCCACGUGCUAAUGCGUAGAUGGGAAAGGACAAUGGCAGCUUUGUAAUUUUAUAAAUAAAUCUGUCCGUAGGGUAGCGUUGUCUUGUUACUCUAAGCAAUGUGUUGGAUGAUACUCAGGCGCUUGAAAUUACUUAGAAAUUGCAUACGUGCCAUCCAAAUUGUUUAAAUUAAAACGUCCAAAUUAUGGGUCUAGGUUUAGAUAUGUGAUGAAUGGAAUAUUAAGCUUAUUUUAUUAUCUGACUAUCA